UAGCUGUAGGCUCCGCUCAUGAGACACUUUAUUAUUAUUUUUUUCUUGUCAUGAUUGGAUCCAGGCGGUAGAGUUGGCGUUGCUUGUACAGCUCUCUAUCCAGUAACCUUCAUCUGCGGUCUGCUGUGUUCUCAGAAGGAAAUCUGAAGGUUUCUCAAGUGUUUGCAUUUCUUCAUAUUAAAAAGAUGAUGCGCCUCUAUGCUGCUGCAUUGAUCUUCUGCCACAUUGUUUUUCAUAGAGGAGAAAGCACAAUGAGCAGUGAAUAUUCCAUCCCCUCCACAAAGGGUAAUGUCAGGUCGGUAUCGCCCAGCAUGGGGGAGACUCUCAAAAAUGUAACCUCAACAAUAAAAAAGAAGAGCAAAUCCGCAACAAGCGCUGCGACGAGUCACGACAAAUGUUUUCAGACAUGCAGAGAAAUGUCUUUACUAGUACGGGAGCAGAAAUUCAGCUUGUGCAAGAAUCUGCAAAACUCUCUUAUUUCUUAUGCAAGAAGCACAAAGAAGAUGUUGAAGAACAUGAUGGAGGAACACCAAAAAUCUCUGGAUUUUCUCUCAAAUCAGGUGAGUGAACUAACCAAUAAGGUUCUUCUUUUGAAUGCAGAAGUCUUGAAAAAAAACACAGAUUCUUUUCUUCAUAGACCCUUUCAGACACAUGGUUUUGACUGCACUGAUAUUAAGGACAAUUUUGGAAUACAUUCAAAAGCUCCGAGUGGAAUAUACAUUAUCCAGCCAGAAGGAACGCACUCCCCAUUUGAGGCCUUCUGUGACAUGGAUUAUAGAGGAGGAGGCUGGACGGUUCUUCAAAAGAGAAUUGAUGGAACAAUUGAUUUCCAGAGAACUUGGCUAGACUAUGUUGAUGGAUUUGGAGAACUUUCAGGUGAGUUCUGGUUGGGUCUGAAGAAAACAUUCUGCAUUCUGAAUCAGAAGAACAACAGCUUUAUGCUGAAUAUAGCCUUAGAGGCAGAAGAUGGCUCCUCGGCAUACGCGACUUAUGAUAACUUUUGGAUUGAAGAUGAGAAGACGGCCUUUAUAAUGCACGUCGGACGCUACUUUGGAACUGCAGGAGAUGCUAUACGAGGAAACAGCAAAGAGGACAACCAGAACGCCAUGCCCUUCAGCACAUACGAUGUGGACAAUGAUAACUGCUAUCCUUCCUGUACCUUCAAUGGUACCAAAGUGACCAGCUGCAGCCUGCACAACAGCAGGAGCGGCUGGUGGUUCAGCCAGUGUGGUUUAGCCAAUCUGAACGGUGUUCACCGAGUGACCAGAGGCGUCGAUAUAUCAGGCAUCCAGUGGGACACAUGGGUAGAGAACAAUACAACUAUUAAGAUCAAAUCAGCUUCAGUAAAAAUCAAGAGAACUCACUAUCCGUUUUUUAAAUGAAUAUUUUGCAAUUUGUGGUAUUAGUAUUUUUUUUUUUUAUAAAAUAAUGUUAUAGUGUAUUUAAAUGGGAACUCCAGUGGAAAAAAUGAACUGGUGCCAGAAAGUUAAACAGAUUUGUAAAUUACUUCUAUCUAAAAUGUUAAUCCUUACAGUACUUAUGUAUGCUCCACAGGAAGUUCUUUUCUUUUUGAAUUUCUUUUCAGUCUGACCACAGUGCUCUCUGUUGACACCUCUGUCCAUUUCAGGAACUGUCCAGAGCAGGAUAGGUUUGCUAUGGGGAUUUUCUCCUGCUCUGGACAGUUCCUGACAUGGACAGAGGUGUUGGUAGAGAGCACUCUGGUGAGAAUGGAAAGAACUACACAACUUCCUGUGGAGCAUACAGCAGCUGAUAAGUACUGCAAGGAUUAA